UCCAGAAGACGAUGGCCUCCGCGGAACAGUCGCUUUUGGAUCUGACGGACAAAGAAACACGGGAGAAACUUUCGUUAUGGGACCGCCGCACCGACGCCAUGGCCCCGCUGACGGAGAGACAAACGGACUCGGUGUUCGAAGUCCGGGCUGCCGCUGAAACGCUCCCCAUUCCCUCAGAGUUGCCCAUUGAGGACUUGUGCAGCCUGUCAUCACGUUCUCUGCAGUCCCCGUUCGCAACAACUGUGCCUGACUCAACAGAGGACGUUCUGCUCAAGGGCUUUCAGAUGCUGGAAAUGGAGAGCGACAGAAUAGAGACAGCACAACAGUUUUUUUCUUGGUUUGCCAAGCUCCAGACAAAAAUGGACCAAGAUGAGGGAGCAAAAUACAGGAAAACCAGAGACAGUCUUAAUUGCUACCAGGAGCAAUGUGAUGCUAUUCUGAAAGAUGUCAAUUCAGCACUUGAACACUUGGACUCCCUUCAGAAGCAGUACCUGUUUGUGUCCAAUAAGACAGGGACCCUUCAUGAGGCUUGUGAACAACUCCUGAAAGAACAGUCAGAGCUUGUUGACCUGGCAGAGAGCAUACAGCAGAAACUGUCAUAUUUUAAUGAGUUGGAAAACAUAAAUACGAAGCUGAAUUCCCCCACCCUGUCUGUCAAUAGCGAAGGCUUUAUACCAAUGCUGUCAAAGCUGGAUGACUGCAUUGAGUAUGUUUCUUCUCAUCCCAACUUCAAGGACUAUCCUGUUUAUCUGGCUAAGUUUAAACAAUGUCUUUCCAAAGCUAUGCACUUCAUGAAGAGCCACGUUGUGAACACUAUGCAAAAUCUCACAAGCCAGUUAACAAAAAGGGAUCCGCUGGGCUUGGCUAAUGCUGACAAUGCAUUUACACUUUAUUACGUGAAAUACAGAGCAGCUGCACCCAAAGUCAGAUCACUGAUUGAGCAGGUAGAGCAGCGAGCGGAGAAGAUUCCGGAAUACCAUCAGCUGCUAGAUGAGAUCCACCAGUGCUACCUGGACCAGAGAGAGCAGCUCCUAAGUCCCAGUAUCACUUCCACCAUCACUGACCUGACCAGUCAAAACAGCAAAGAUCACUGUGCACUGGUGCGCAGCGGCUGUGCCUUCAUGGUUCACGUCUGCCAGGAUGAACACCAGCUCUAUAAUGAGUUCUUCUCAAAACCUACACCAAAGCUAGACGAGCUGCUGGAAAGGUUGUGUCUGUCCCUGUAUGAUGUCCUCCGACCGCUAAUCAUCCAUGUCAUCCACCUUGAGACCCUGUCUGAGCUCUGUGGCAUCCUCAAGAAUGAGAUGCUGGAGGACCACGUUCAUAACAAUGCUGGACAGUUGGGGGCCUUUGACGCAGUAGUGAAGCAGAUGCUUGAGGAUGUCCAGGAGAGGCUUGUCUACAGGACUCACAUUUACAUUCAGACGGAUAUCACUGGCUACAACCCGGCUCCAGGGGACCUUGCUUACCCAGAGAAACUGGAGAUGAUGGAGAGAAUUGCACAGAGCUUGAAGGAAGAGCAAACGAAGACAGCGUCACAGGAGUCUGCGUUCUCAGAUGUGCAGCUCGAGGAUUCGGAUGCCAGGAGAAACAGCCACACUGGGAUUGUAGAGGCGUCACGCCUGCAGACAUCCAUCUCUCCUGCUGAUCUGCACGGCAUGUGGUACCCUACUGUCAGGCGGACACUGGUCUGCCUGUCAAAGCUAUACAGGUGUAUAGAUAGAGCAGUCUUCCAGGGUUUGUCUCAAGAAGCCUUAUCUGCCUGCAUCCAGUCCCUGCUUAAAGCUUCUGAUAUCAUCCUUAAAAACAAGACACAAAUAGAUGGGCAACUCUUCCUGAUCAAACACCUGCUGAUAAUGCGUGAGCAGAUUGCUCCCUUCCAUACCGAUUUUGCCAUCAAAGAAAUCUCGCUGGACCUGAAGAAGACUCGAGAUGCUGCCUUCAAAAUCCUAAACCCCAAGGCUGUUCCAAAAUUCUUCCGACUGAACAGUCACAACGCCAUACUUGAAUUCCUGUUAGAGGGAACACCAGAGAUAAAGGAGCACUACAUUGACUCUAAGAAGGAUGUGGACCGGCACCUGAAGCUCAGCUGUGAGCAGUUCAUCCAGCAGCAGACACAGAUAUUUGUGGGUAACAUUGAGGAGCUACUCACCAAGGUGGCUGCUCUGAAAACUAUGGCCAUCCAAGGCGGCCCCACAUACAAUCUUUCCCAGCAGCCAUGGGCACAGCCAGCAAAGAUCAACGAUAUAGUGAUGGCGACAUACCGGGUGAUGAAGAGCAAACUGCCAAGCACAUUACAGAGCAUGUCCUUGUACUUGGCUAACAAAGACACAGAAUUCAUUCUUUUCAAGCCUGUUCGGAAUAACAUCCAGCAGGUAUUCCAGAGACUGCAUGCCUUGCUUCAGGAGGAAUACAGCGGCGAAGACCUUCAAAUUAUUGCCUGCCCCUCCAUGGAGCAGAUCAACCUGCUACUGUCUGUGAAUAAGUAACCUGCAGACAUGUGUAGUGAUGGUCGGUGCACACCCUCUGGAUCGCAGAGCGAUGCUGUGACUCCCGUCUUGAAUCGGGAUUUCUGAGCACAGCCACGGGAGAGAUGACCGGAGGAUUGUCUGGGAGCGCUGUCAAUGGCAAAAGCCCACACACAAGGCCAAAGAUUCCCCAACAAAAGCUCAAAGAGUUACAGGCGUGCAGAGGUUCAGCGGUGCAUCUUGCAGUCCAAAGCAAACUGGGAGGUGGAGGUGACUUCUUUCGGUACUGAGUUUGAUCAACUUGUUUGACUUAAAUUGCGGGUUAUGUAUCGGCGGGGCUUACUUUCUCAUAGGAGUGAUCCACUUGGACGAGGGUUGGUUUUUAGAUAAUAAUUGGAUUUUCCCUUAACAUCAUAACAUUCUGAAUAUAAAGAGUUUGCAUACUAAGUGAGGUUAGAGCGAAAACGGGGUGAAUCAUGCAGGAGUGCUCUGACAAGGACACUUGAGGCAGGCUAAUAGAGGCACUAAGGGUUGUUCAUCAGCCAGGUAGCAAAUGGGCAAUAAGGGCCUGUCAUUUGGAUGCCUAGAUUCCCUUAAUGGAUUUCAAGGGGGCGGGGGGGGGGCAUGCUGCACAAUAUGUAACUCUAGUUUAAGCCUUUUCUCUGCAAAAUAGAUUUGUAAGAUGGCUUGUGCUACAGGGCUCUCAGGUUUAACAGGCUUUUCCUUCCCUACGAGCAGGAAAUUCCAAACUGCUGUCCUUUACCUGUCGGUCGAUUUCCCUAAAGAUUCUUCCUCACACCCCUCAUGAAUGUUUUUGUCAUAUUGUUGAAUACGUGUACAUAAAAGACCGUGAAAUCUUAUGUUUUAUACCUUUUCUUUUGUAUCUAGGAUGCUUUAGAACUAAUAUACUAUCAGCCUGGCAAACUAUUGGGCCUUAAGCAUUUUUGCACCGCAUAUGAAUAUGAGACAUGAUCUAUGGUUAUGUUCAUCAAUGGUAAUUCCAUAAGGUCACUAUGAUUCGGUCAGAAGAUGCUUUAGCGUCCUCACUGUAAAAUUAUGUGAAUAGUUAAACUAUUUAUGAACAUUCUGAUUAAAAAAACAA